AUGUUGUCCACCUGGGUGCUGGUCUGGUUGGUCUCCCUGAGGACCUUGUCCACAGCGCUGGAUCCGACCCUGGAGGAGACAUGGAGAGACUGGAAGGCCACUCACAGUAAGGAAUAUGGCCUGGGGGAAGAAUCCUUUCGGAGAGCCGUGUGGGAGGAGAAUCUGAGGAUGAUCCAGGACCACAACAGCCAGGCUGAGCAGGGAAAACACACCUACAAACUCGGGAUGAAUCACUUUGGUGACCUGACCCAUGAAGAGAUUAACCAGAGGCUGAAAUGUUUCCUUCCUGACUCGGAUCGGGCAGCUCUCAAGAACGCCGUCCCCUUCAAGCCCUCUGAAGACCUGCAGGUUCCCCCCGGGCUGGACUGGCGAGCCAAAGGGGCCGUGACUGAGGUCAAAGAUCAGGGCGCCUGUGGCUCCUGCUGGUCCUUCAGUGCCGUCGGCGCUCUGGAAGGCAUGCAUUUCAAGAAGACGGGGAAGUUGGUCUCUCUGAGCGAACAAAAUCUUAUCGACUGCUCUAAGGACCAGGGGACUGAAGGUUGCGAGGGUGGAUUUAUGCCAGAAGCUUUUACAUAUGUGCAGAAGCAAGGAGGGAUCAAUUCAGAGGAAAGCUACCCAUAUGAUGGACAGGAUAAUUAUAGUUGUCGUUAUGAAGCCUUGAAUUCUGUUACUAAGUGUUCCGCCAUAGGAGUCAUCCUGCCAGGAGAUGAAAAGGGACUUCUGCAGGCGGUGGCCACAAUUGGCCCAAUUUCUGUCGGAGUGGAUGCCCGGAGUUCGGCGUUUCAUUUUUACAAGUCGGGUAUCUUUAAAAACCCCUGGCGUGGAGACCCCCACUUGGAUCAUGCUGUGCUGGUGGUCGGAUACAACAGCACCACCAAGUACUGGAUUGUGAAGAACAGUUGGUCUCGCUAUUGGGGGGACAACGGAUACAUGCUCUUGGAACAGGGAUCCAAUGCAUGCGGCAUCACCAACGAUGCUUCCUAUCCCAUUCCAUAACCAGCCAAGUGGACCAUUUGAGAAGCAGGACAAAAAAAAAGCUAACUGUGUUAUUGGAAACUUCUGGAGAACCAGAAAUAUAUAUAUAUAUGCUAAAACCAAUAAAUGCUUUUACGCAAUGCUA